AUGCACUCCGCCAUUCGAUCCAUCCGCGUGGCAUCGCGCGCGGCCGCUGGCCAGGCGACCCGCUCCCGGUUCGCCCCCGUUGCUGCUCGGGCCUACGCUACUGCCAAGCCUGCCGCUUCCGAGGUCUCCUCCAUCCUCGAGUCCCGGAUCUCCGGCUCGAACGUGGGCGGUGAUGUCCAGGAGACUGGCCGAGUCUUGACCAUUGGUGACGGUAUCGCCCGUGUCUACGGUCUCCGGAACGUCCAGGCCGAGGAAAUGGUGGAAUUCUCUUCGGGUGUCCAGGGAAUGUGCUUGAACCUCGAGGCCGACAACGUCGGUGUCACCAUCUUCGGUAACGAUCGUCUUAUCAAGGAAGGCGACACUGUCAAGCGUACCGGCCAGAUUGUCGACGUGCCCGUCGGACCCGGUCUUUUGGGCCGUGUCGUUGACGCCCUCGGAAACCCCAUUGACGGCAAGGGACCCAUCGACUCGGUCGGCCGUACCCAGGCUCAGCUUAAGGCUCCCGGUAUUCUCCCCCGUCGGUCCGUCCACGAGCCCAUGCAGACUGGUCUCAAGUCGGUUGACGCCUUGGUCCCUAUCGGCCGUGGUCAGCGUGAGCUUAUCAUCGGUGAUCGUCAAACCGGCAAAUCCGCCGUCGCCAUCGACGCCAUUCUUAACCAGAAGAAGUGGAACGACGGCGCCGACGAGAGCAAGAAGCUUUACUGUGUCUACGUCGCCGUUGGCCAGAAGCGUUCUACCGUCGCUCAGCUCGUCAAGACCCUCGAGGAGAACGACGCCAUGAAGUACACCAUCAUUGUCGCCGCUACCGCCUCGGAGGCCGCUCCCCUUCAGUACCUCGCCCCCUUCUCGGGAUGCGCCAUGGGCGAGUGGUUCCGUGACAACGGCAAGCACGCCCUCAUCAUCUACGACGAUCUGUCCAAGCAGGCCGUCGCCUACCGUCAGAUGUCGCUCCUGCUCCGUCGUCCCCCAGGACGUGAGGCUUACCCGGGAGAUGUCUUCUACUUGCACUCGCGUCUUCUUGAGCGUGCCGCCAAGAUGAACGAGAAGUACGGUGCCGGAUCCCUCACCGCCCUCCCCAUCAUUGAGACCCAGGGUGGUGAUGUGUCCGCCUACAUUCCUACCAACGUCAUUUCCAUCACCGACGGACAGAUCUUCCUCGAGGCCGAGCUCUUCUUCAAGGGUAUCCGACCGGCAAUCAACGUCGGUCUCUCGGUGUCCCGUGUCGGUUCCGCCGCCCAGACAAAACUCAUGAAGUCGGUCGCCGGAUCCCUCAAGCUCUACCUCGCUCAGUACCGUGAAGUCGCCGCGUUCGCCCAGUUCGGUUCCGACCUUGACGCGUCCACCCGGUACCUCCUCAACCGUGGUUCGCGUCUCACGGAGCUGCUCAAGCAGCCCCAGUACAACCCCAUGCCUACCGAGGUCAUGGCUCCCCUCAUCUACGCCGGUGUCAACGGUAUGCUCGACAAGGUGCCCGUCGACAAGAUUGGCGCGUGGGAGAGGUCUUUCACUGAGCAAUUGAAGAACCAGAACUCGGCCUUCCUCGAGAAGCUCGGCGGCGGUGUGUUGACAAAGGAUAUCGAGGAGGAGAUGAAGAAGCUCAUCAGCGCCCACGUUGCCGACUUCAGCGAGUAG